CAAUUGGCGGGAACAAGCCGUUAAUUUUGGAUAACGCUUUGAAUCGGAUUCGGGUAAAAAAGUUGCUUUCUUUAAUUGAGCAAGUUGAGGGGGUUUAUCGGUUUGUCAUCGAUGGCGAACCCUUCUGGGAACCACCAAGAACAGACUCAUGUUUCUUCUUCGCUCAACGGCAACAACAACCCUGAGGCUUCGGCUUCUGCUUCAGCUCUCGCCAUGAAGCACAACCCUGGAAUCUCUCUCGAUUGGACCCCCGAAGAACAGUCCAUUCUUGAAGAUGGACUCAGCAAGUAUGCCUCGGAAACAAAUAUAGUGCGGUAUGCAAAGAUAGCCCUUCAACUACAAAGUAAGACCGUCCGAGAUGUUGCGCUGCGAGUUAGGUGGAUGAAUAAGAAAGAAAAUAGCAAAAGAAGGAAGGAUGAUCACAAUUUGACGAGGAAAAGUAAAGAUAAGAAGGAAAGAGUUUCAGAUGCUGGCGCAAAGUCAUCUCACUUUCCUGCUCGUUCCAAUGUUCCCCCAUAUGCUCCUCCUAUGAUUACAAUGGACAAUGAUGAUGGUAUCCCUUGUACAGCAAUCGGAGGUCCCACUGGCGAGCUAUUGGAACAAAAUGCACAGGCAUUGAAUCAGAUCUCUGCUAAUCUUUCUUCUUUUAUGAUACAAGAUAACAUCAAUCUUUUCUGCCAAACCAGAGACAACAUCCUUAAAAUCAUGAAUGAGUUGAACGAUUCGCCGGAAGUGAUGAAGCAAAUGCCGCCUCUUCCUGUGAAGGUGAACGACGAUCUAGCGAAUUCCAUACUUCCAAGAACUACUCUCCCAACACAAUCAUGAUGCUACUUUGUCAUCCCUUUUUUCCAUAUUUCUGCCUUCAGUGGAACUCAAUUCAUAUUCUGCCUCUGAUCGGGAUAAUAACUGCCAAUCAUUGAAUCAAGUUGACUCGAGAUUUACCAGUUGGAGGAAAAAAGAGAAAAGAAAAAGGAGAGAUAUAAUGAAAUAAUUGUUGAUAAUUAAGUUGUACUAGUCUUCAUUUUUUUUUGGUUAAUUCUGUUUUGCAAAUGUUGGUUGUUUUUCUCUUGUUCUUAUUGGCUCUAACCUUAGUUGGAACUAUAGGAAUUAUUAGUGUUCUUGUUAUUAAUUGAGUUCAAUUAAAUUUAGUAGAUGAUUGAUCAAUAAGUAGUGCUAUAAUUCCAUUUAUCGUCCAUGUUAUUUUGUUUGCAGAUCUUAAUGUUGUUCAUAUUGUUUUAAAUUAUAGAUGUAUUUACCUUAUUUA